CCAGAGGCUCAGGCCCUUCAUCAGGGAGACGAUGUACAGCCAAGUGGAGCAUCCUGCUGGAGGCUACAAGAAGCUCUUUGAGACAGUGGAGGAGUUGUCCUCUCCGGUGACUGCCCACGUCACAGGCAGGAUUCCCACCUGGCUGCGAGGAAGCCUCCUGAGAUGUGGCCCUGGCUUGUUCGAGGUGGGCACAGAGCCCUUCUACCACCUCUUCGAUGGGCAGGCACUGCUCCACAAGUUCGACUUCAAGGAGGGGCAUGUCACCUACCACCGAAGGUUUGUCAGGACUGACGCUUACGUGCGAGCGAUGACAGAGAAGAGGAUUGUGAUCACAGAAUUUGGCACCUAUGCCUACCCAGACCCCUGCAAGAACAUCUUCUCCAGGUUCUUCUCAUACUUCAAAGGUGUGGAGGUCACUGAUAAUGCCCUUGUCAAUGUCUACCCUGUUGGUGAGGACUACUAUGCAUGUACUGAGACCAACUUUAUCACCAGAAUUAACCCAGACACCCUGGAGACAAUAAAGCAGGUGGAUCUCUGUAAAUACGUGUCUGUGAAUGGGGCCACAGCUCACCCCCACGUUGAGAAUGAUGGCACAGUGUACAACAUUGGCAACUGCUUCGGGAAGAACUUCGCCCUUGCCUACAACAUCAUCAGGAUUCCUCCUCUGCAGGCAGACAAGGAAGACCCAAUGAACAAGUCAGAGGUGGUGGUGCAGUUCCCCUGCAGCGACAGGUUUAAGCCCUCCUACGUCCACAGCUUUGGGCUGACUCCAAACUACAUUGUUUUUGUGGAAACACCUGUGAAAAUCAACCUUCUCAAGUUUCUUUCCUCCUGGAGCCUUUGGGGAGCCAACUAUAUGGACUGCUUUGAGUCCAAUGAAACCAUGGGGGUGUGGCUUCACGUGGCAGAGAAGAAGAAGGGGAGACUGCUCAACCUCAAGUACCGCACCUCAGCCUUCAACCUCUUCCACCACAUCAAUACCUAUGAGGACAAUGGGUUCCUCAUCGUUGACCUCUGCACCUGGAAGGGGUUUGAGUUUGUCUACAAUUACCUCUACUUGGCCAACUUGAGGGCCAACUGGGACGAGGUGAAGCGGCAGGCAGAGAAGGCCCCUCAGCCCGAGGCACGCAGAUAUGUGCUGCCCCUCAGCAUCGACAAGGCUGACACGGGGAAGAACCUGGUCACGCUGCCCUACACAACGGCCACAGCGACGCUGCACAGCGACGAGACCAUCUGGCUGGAGCCUGAAGUGAUCUUCUCAGGGCCACGGCAUGCCUUUGAAUUCCCACAGAUCAACUACAGGAAGUAUGGUGGGAAGCCUUACACGUACACCUAUGGGCUGGGGCUGAACCACUUUGUGCCAGACAGGCUUUGCAAGCUGAAUGUUAAGACCAAGGAGACAUGGGUGUGGCAGGAGCCGGAUUCCUACCCCUCGGAGCCCAUUUUUGUGUCCCAUCCAGAUGCUUUGGAGGAAGAUGAUGGGGUUGUGCUGAGCAUUGUGAUCAGCCCAGGCACAGGCCCCAAGCCUGCCUACCUCCUCAUCCUCAGCGCCAAGGACAUGAGCGAGGUGGCCAGGGCCGAGGUGGAGGUGAACAUCCCUGUCACUUUCCAUGGACUCUUCAAGAGAGCAUGACCUGCACCACCUCCCAUGGGUCUCCUCCAGCUCUCAACAGGUGCAGUCUCCAUUUACACGCAC